UGGAGCUUACGACACGACAAGUUCAAAACACUAGUAACAGUUCUCAAAGAUUUACACGACUGACAAUGGUUAACAUGUGGUCAAAUGAUUAUUACUCUGGCUGAAUGAAUGUAUAUUACUGUAUCUUUGGACAAAGUGCGCCAGAGAGGUUCUAGGAGUGAGGCGUUGUGCCACUGCUCACAAAACAGCGGAUUGCUUGACAUCACCAAACCCUUUUGUGACAUCAGGAAGACAACUACCUUGAUACCAAGGCAGUCAUUUGGACUGUUUUCAAAUUUUGCAACAUCAUAACUUUGUGUUUCUAUAAGAGUUAUGUUGCGUCAAUAGAAUACAUAAAUAACAUAGCGUAUUUUCCGGACUAUAAGGCGCACCGGACUAUAAGGCGCACCUUCAAUGAAUGGCCCAUUUUAAAACUUAAUCCUUAUAUGAGGCGCACCGGACUAUAAGGCGCACCAUUAAUGCAUCAUGUCAGAUUUUUAAUCCAAAUCAAAUCAUUCUCCAUUUUAUCUUUUUUUAUUUCAACUUCAGAUGCAACAAAUGACUUUAUAAUCACAAAAUGAUGAUCCAUAGUCUUUUUGAUUCAUGAUUCAUAGUCUUCAGCAGGCCACUUAUGCUUGAUUUCAUGACACAAUGCUUCGGGCCAGUUUGAAUUUAGAAAUUUGUUCCAUAUAUAAGGCGCACUGUCGGCUUUUGAGAAGAUUUUAGGUUUUUAGGUGCGCCUUAUAGUCCGGAAAAUACGGUAAUCAUAGUUUUCUUUUGGUGAACUGGUUGCGGUUUACCCAUUCCAUCAUUUUAUUCUUCGAUUUUUGGAUUAUAACUAACUGUGACGGCACUCCUGAAGCUUUUCUAACGCAGCUCAUAUGCAAAUUGGUGAAUAUUUAUUUUCUCCAUUUCUUUUCAAUCUCAUAUCUUUGGGGUAUAUGCUUUAUGUUAUGGAGAGUGUUAUGUUCAACCAUGAACAGUGUUGAGUUAUAUUUGUUUUUUUGCCAUGAUUUCAGCAGCUGGAUUUUCUGCAGUGUUUUGAGAGACUCGUUCAAAUUCUCUUGUACAAGAAGCAACAAGUUCAUUUGUGCUCAUUGUUUUGCGAUUGUUUUUGUAGAUGUAAUUUUCAUGUUUUUAUAGUUGUCAUUUGCAAAGAGCAACAUCACUGAUGUACGGUUAUCAGAUGACCUGCUUCAUCUGUCCGUUAAAAAAGAGAAAUGUAGCACGAGUUGAGCAUUUUACACACCUCGCUUUUAUUCUGAAGGAUCACACACGGAAGUGCAUAAUUUCCUUUUCCGUCCUCCAGUUUAACGUAACUAGUCAGCCUUAACCCGAAACCGAAACGAGGACUGUUUGGAGCCUGUUACCAUGACAACUGACUCGACACUCCUCAACUCCGAGAUGGAGAUAGAGGAGCAAGGAGAUCUGUAUCAGCAGCUCUUAGCACAGUCACUAGGAAAUAUGCAGACUGCAAAUCCAGAUUCCAAAGUGAUUCGGCCGCAACCAGGAAUUUGUGUGAAGACGACAGCAGAGGCCGGCAAGAAGAAGGUCUUCGUCAACAUCUGCCAGUCCAACUUGGUUCCACCUCCACCAGAGAUCUCGAAAGAGAAACUGCUAGAUCUGCUCCAAUUAGAAGAUCCCAGUGGCUACAGAGUCCCCAUGAGCCUCGGCGAGCCACACACUGAAUUGGACAACAACUCUCAGGGUUGCACUGCAUAUGAUGUGGUCAUCAAUCAAGAGUUUUUCCAGAAGUGUCAGAAGGACUCCCUGUUCCAGCAGUUUGUCAUCAUGGUGUCUUUGGAAGGUUUAGAGAACAAGUACAACAUCGAGCUUAGCCGAGAAUGGAAAGUGCUGAAAAACAGGAAAUUCUUGGGCUCUGUCAGCGAGCAGAACAUUCGCACUAAAAGCAAGCCAGUCAUUCAAGAGCUGCAACCUCAGGAAAACUCUACUUCCGAGGCAAAAAGACCAGAAUUCACCUUGUUUGUAGAGCCUCCUUCUGGUGUCCCUGAGUAUCUCAUUGCAGAAAUCAACUUGCCUGGUGUGCUUUCAUCCCGCGCGUUGGUCCUGGACAUCGGCGAGGACCGCCUGGUCUUGACAGCACGGCCCUCGCUCUACUUUCUGGACAUUUUCCAUCCCUUCCUCGUCGAUCAGGAGACGAGCGUAGCGCAAUUCAACAGCAGCACUCAGAUUCUUACAAUCACCUUACCUGUGGUGUCAUCUUGAAACACCAGACGUAACUUCCAAUUAUUCAUUAAGAUGCUUGGAAAAUCAUGACUCCCCUGCACAUAGUGAGUGAAGUGAAUCCCCUUUUCAAAUUUUACUGCAAUCAUUGAUUUUGUAUCAUUUUACGUAAAAAAAAAAGCGGACUGUAUGAUAAAAACCGGAAUAAAAAUGUAAUCAAAACUA